GUUAUUAGCUGGUUAUGGAACAACUUCUAGCCCGUGUACUUAAUGAAUAGUGUGGGUUCAAUUCCCACCGGCAGUCGAAUUUUUUCGCAAUAUCUCAUAAAAACACCUUAAAAUGUCAAACUUAACUACGUGUAUCAAAAUUAAAAAUCUUUUCGAAAAAAAUCUUUGAAAACAAUUAAAAAAGCUGCUACUAUUUGGCCACCUUCGUAUCAGGCAUCAUUGCUGAAACGAUACCGCUGUGAUAACAGACAUUCUUAUCUUAUCACAAGUCGGUCGAGAACCCCCUAAUAAAUAUGUAUGUCUGCAGACAUACUUAUCUCUCAGACGAUUUAGUUAGCAAAUUUUAACCGACAGCGACGGUAUGACUUCUGAUCCGAAAGUUCCACGUUACGUGCCAAAUGGCAUAAAAAAAGCGGCCCAGAUUCUGCAGUUUGGCAGCAAUUAUACAGUGGAUUACGACUUUAGAAACGGAAGCCACAGUUCUGGGUGCGUCUCAGUAGUCUAUCAGAUUACUUUGCGGGAGGAACCUCGCGAGGUGACGCUCCUGUGCAAGGUUCCACCCCCGGAUGCCGACGAAACCGUGCUGGCGCUGUUCGAACGGGAAGUGUUCGUGUAUCAGCGCCUGCUGCCAACGUUUGGUCAGUUCCAGGAGGAGCAUGACAUACUACCCGGGACGGAGGAGUUUAUCUACGCUCCGGCUUGCCACUAUGCCUACUUUGAUGCGAAGAAACGAGAAGGGUUGCUAAUUUUGGAGGACGUGGGAAGACGGCUGUUCGGCAACCGAAAGAAAUACGAACCGAUUGAUUACGAUCAUGGACGACUGGCUAUGAUUCAAUUGGGACGGUUUCACGCGGUGUCGCUAGCGAUGAAAUAUCAACUUCCGGAAUUGUUUCAAAGCUUUCAACAGCUGGAAGACGUUACGAAGGAUCAAGUGACUUCGAUGAAGGGGUUCAAAGAAACCAUGGAACUUUCGUUCGAUCAAGCGAUCGAGACGCUGAGUGUCCAUGAAGUGGCGAAGAAGGAGAAGUUAAAUAGGCUUAAGGCAAACUUUAUUGAAGAGUUGAAAAUGGUGGCAGAUAGUGAACUGAGCGAACCGUUCUGUGUGGUGUGCCAUGGAGAUUAUAGUUCUAGUAACGUCAUGUACCGAUACAACGGUGGCUUUCCGAAUCGAUUGGUGAUGCUUGAUUGGCAGUUGGCGAAGUACGGGUCUCCCGCUUUGGAUUUCCUGCACUUUAUGUUCCUCAGUACCGAUGAAUCAUUCCGACGUAAUCACUAUGACAACAUGCUUCAAACGUACCAAAACGCAUUGCUGGGUCACCUGGAGCGACUGGGAGGGGAGAACGCGACGGAGAGGUUUCCCCUUACCAGUUUGAUGCGGUUGAUCAAAACACAGGCCAAGUACGCAGUAACGUUGGCAGUUUUACACAUUCCCAUGAUGAUUUUUAAGGCAGCCGAUGAAACAACUGGCCAAGAAGAUGGAAACGAGAAAGAGAACAACACCGUCAGGACAAGCGAAACCAUAGACGCUAAAUAUCACAGUCGAAUGAAUGGAUUUCUCAAAGAUGUAUUUCGAUUAGGAUAUUUGUAA